AUGUUGAAUCAAUUAGAUCGUACUAUUACAUAAAUAUAUGGUUUAUCUAUUGUUCUUGGAAUAGGAAUUUAUGUUUCUAAGGAAAAUAUGGAAAGUAUUUAUCCUUUAUAUUUCAUAUUGAUUUAAAUGAUGAAAUAUCUGCUAAAAGCAUAUUUGAUUGAAAUGAGAAAGGAUUUGUUGAUGAUAUGUUUAAAACUCAAAAAGUACAUAAGAUUUAAGUGGUUUUAAAAAUGGAGAUAUUUUGAGAAUAAGGAAGAAUAGAAGAGGAGAAUGAAAAAUAAAUUUAAUAGUAAAAGGAAAUCGAUAUUAGUUGUAUCAAGAGGAAUGUAAUAGGGUAGAAAGGAGAUUGAAUUAUCAAUUAUUGAGGAUAAAAAUAAAAUGUAGAUGAGAUAAGAUGAGAUUGAAAAAGAGAUAAAUAGUAUAAUGUAGAAAUAGUAGAUUUCUUCAAUUUCAAGAGAUUUAGAAAUGACUAUAUCAUCUAGUAAAGGAUAAAAGGUGGAUAUGAAAUUAUUUAGUAAAGUUUUUCCAGAGAAGUCAGAGUGA